AUGGGAGGCCAAGUCUCAAAGCUCAUGGGGAAGAUCUUCGGAUCAAAGGAGAUGCGGCUGCUCAUGCUCGGGCUAGACGCUGCUGGGAAGACCAGCACCCAAGGACUUAUUUUUGUCAUUGACUCAAACGACCGCGCCCGUAUCGACGAAGCUAGACAGGAACUCCACAGAAUCAUCCUCGACCGCGAAAUGAAAGAGGCUCUCCUAUUAGUGUUUGCCAAUAAACAGGAUAUCCCCGGAGCCAUGAGCCCACAAGAAGUCACCGAGAAACUGCAGCUCUCCCAGCUCAAGGACAGGAUAUGGACCACCUAA